AUCCACACGUGGUGGCCGUAAUUAGUGAGCCGUGUAUACGGUAUCUACCCACAAUGGCAAAAUGGCGCUCAGAAGUAGAGAGACAGAUCUUUUGAAAGCUUCGUAGGUAUCUCUAAGAGCACCAAGACUCCUCACAAAGAUGUAUCCACAGUUUGCAGAUGGUCAGACGGUUAGGGGGCUCCCUGAUAUGGGUAGGAACGCGGCCAGGUUCCCCUACCAUCAAUAUUACCACUCAAAGAUGCCGGAAGGACUCUCUUCGUACCCUCCUGGUAUGCCUCGUCCUAAUUUAAAUCCGUACGGCGGUAAGCCGCCGCACGACCCGUUAUACGGUGGACAUAUGCCCUGGAACUCGAUGAUGGUCCCGCCGGGAAUGGUACCCCCUCAAAUGCAGAAGCCGAUGAUGACCAACAAGCCGGACUAUUCCUUCCCUGGGCAGGAUCAAAUGUACAGACCGCCCUAUCAUCCGGAGAUGAUGAACAGUGCUGGGGCUGGUGGGGGUUUCCCCGGGUACAUGUAUCCUGUCGGUGCGUACCAGCAUCAGUCGUCCUAUCUCCCACCUCCCUCUAUGCCUCCUCCUCCUCCUCCCCCUCACCCUCACCAUCAAAUGGAUGGAUAUGGUAUGCCCCAUCAGACUAACAGUAUAUGGGACGGAUCCUCUUCUGUGUCUUCCGCUAAUCUGAAUAGCCCUGGUAGGAGCUGGUCUGGUGGCCAUCAGGAGAUCAUGAGUGACGCAAUGCAUCAUGCUCCUCCCCCUGCCCCUCCCCCUGGCUAUCAGUCCUCACAGUCUCCCCAGCCGGCAGUGGGUGGAGCUACAAAUGAACUACAAAAAGGUUCAUCUGUCUCUAGUCUCAAGGACGCUCUCUCUAACCCUCCUCCUCCUCAAUCCUUACAUGAUUCAUCAUUAUCCACUACUAGCAAGUCCUUUCAGUUUAACACGCCCUCUUACUUAUCAGUGGGUGGGCCCGGGGAAUCGAUGGGCCACGCCUCUCCUCGUACACCUAACGCCGUGGGUACUCCCGACCCUGCCACUCCCAGUAUUCCUGGUAUUAUUCCAAAUAAUGAGCCCUCCUCGUCUCCUCUUCAGCCUCCACAGCAGCAGAAUGAUCUUGGUGCUCAUGGAAACGGGACGUCACGUCCUACAUCUCACAGCCCUUUUGAAGUUGAGUCUAUUUUAGGUUUUAAGGAUUCUAAUAGCGGAGGGAGUGGGGGUGUGGCUGGGAGUGGAGUCUCGACUGAGAACGGAGAAGCCUUUUCUUUUUCAAAAUCUCCUCACGAGAAGUCGAUAUCUCCAACUUCCUCUACUAACAGUCCAGCAAUUACUAAAAAGACGAGGACUCCAUCAUUUUCAGCCGUCACCAGAACUCAUCCAUCUCUUGCUAAUCAGUACAGUAUGUCUGAUGAGCCUGGUAGGAGAGAUUUCCUUGAUGCCAUAUUCAAAUAUAUGGACCAAAAGAAUAUUCCUUACCUAAAGCCUCCCUCCAUCAGUAAGUGUGUCCUUGAUCUUUAUAAGACUUUCACAGCAGUACAAAGGCUAGGUGGAUUCACACACGUUGUUGAUAAGAAGCUUUGGAAAGAAGUCCUCAAGUCAUUCUGUACUUCAAACAACCCGAGCUCAGCCUCCAUGAGGACUCUAUCAGAAUAUUACGUCAAAGUCCUCCUCCCGUACGAAUGUCACUUCAGUCACACCAACUUCAGUGACUGCAUGUCACACUACGAGCUCUCCCAUCAUCCCCAGUCCUCCCACCCUCCUCCUCCUCCUCCCUCCAUUGCUGCUAACACUGUUAAUAGUAACAGCAACGAGUCUACUACUUCGGAGCCCCUCCCACCUCCUAACGAAGAGAUAAAGGACGAGAGUGACUCCAAUAAACAACAACAACAACAACAACAAAAGGAUCAAGACGAGCAACAAUUAGAUAAACUACUGGACAGCAACAGUGUCAUAUUCUCCGAAGACUCGUUGCCAGAUAUCAGUGUACAGGAAGCGGAGUCAGUCCUAGGGAUACCAACGUCUAGUUCAGGGCCUCAGCCGACCACACCCUCUCCUUCCUUUCCUCCCGGCUGGUCUUCGCCAGGUGGAGGAGGAGGAGGGGAUCAGGCUCCAUCAAUGGGUGAGUCCCCAAUGGUACCUAGUCCUUAUCAGUCCGGCCUCGUUCAUCACCACUCUGGUGGGUUCCCGGGAUAUUACGGUGGGGGGGCCGGGGGUAUGUCCGAUUACUCCCCGUACCAACAGAAAACCAUGUCCCUGUACAUGUCACGCGGUAUGUAUCCUGGCUAUCACGACGACGGCUCCUAUAAUUAUCCAAACAUGAUGAUGCGCUCACGUAUGGAUGAGUACAACCAGCAUGCAAUGGGAGGGAUGGGAGACUGGCACUGGACACACCCCUCAAUGCAACAGAGACCACACCUACCUCCCCCUCUACCGCCACACCUUCAGUCGAUGAUGUUCACUCCUCCUCCUCCUCUCUCCCUCUCCCCUCGUCCCUCCACUCCUCACCAGCAGCACACUCAUACGCAGCAUCAUCAGUCUUCAGGAGCAUCGCCGGCCGGCCCUGGGGGCGUGUCAGUAGGAAGAGCUAUGAGCGAGUCUGAUUCAUCUUCUCCGGUACCGAUGGAUCCCAUUAAGAUUGUGGUCACUGAUCAAGGGGCUCCGAAUCAGACUCCGCCCACUUCUGCCGUCGAUAAGGUCAUGACCACGCCUCCUCAUAAGAACCUGGAGAAGGAUAUUAAACCGGUUCCACCUCAGCAUGGAUCAGUGAAAGAUAUCAGUGAGAAAUCAUCACCAAUCCAUCAACAGCAGCAGCAGUUGAAGAGACCAGUGGAGCCCAUUGAAUCUCUCCAGCCUCAACUCAUCAAGAGAAGACGAUUAAACUGUGACCAUUGUGGUAAUGUUCAGCCAUGGCAUGUCAUGAUGUCUCUCAAGUGUGGGCUCCCAGCAGAAUCAACCUGGGCACUAGACACACUCACGAUACUCCUUCAUGAUGAUAGAACUGUCGGGUUCUUUUACCUAAAACACCACCACAGUCUAUUAAACACGCUAGUCAAUCACUUCAACACUUGUCUCUAUCAGAUAUUUGGUCAUCCUUUCCAACAGUUGGACAAGUUUGAUUCCAGCACGGCCUCCACAGACUCCACUUCCCCGACCGCCUCCGUCUAUCAUCACUCGUCUAAUGACGUUAGAUUAGGACUGGCCGAUCACGUCUGCCACUUUUUACAGUCCUCUGCUAUUAUUGAUGUCCUUGCUGAAUCACUACCACAGUGCCACCCUCUUGAGAAGCUUGAGAAAGACAAGAGAGUCUGUCAGCAUGUUGACGAAACUAAAGUUGAUGAGCUCUUGAAGCGUGAUGCCCUCACUGAGAGAGUUCUGCUACACUUGAAGACCCCAAGGAGACUAAUGGCACGUAGUCCUAUACAGAAAUACUUCCUGCCGCCACAGCCGGAAGAGGAAGAGUCUGAGAGUGUGGCUAAACCUGCUUCACCUCUGAGGGAAGAGAAUGAGGUGUUAAAGUGUGAGCCACUUCCAUUGUGUCUGAUACCCUCACAGCAAGAAGCACUGAAACAUCGUACACUCUCUCUGUCUAAUAUACUCAGGUCCCUCUCCUUUAUACCGGGGAAUGAUUUCGAAUUCUCACAGCAUCCAGGCCUCCUUAUCAUACUAGGACAUCUUUUAUUGCUACACCAUGUUCAUUUGCAUUCUCAGUCUUCUAGUAAGAGCUCUGAAGCUAAGAGCAGAGAGGAGGAGGAGGAGGAGGAAGAGGGAGGGGGAGAUAGGUUAGAUGCUGAUUUAUCUUCCCCUACUAUCACAGAGGAGUAUUGGUGGUGGUCUUGUUUGGAUGUCCUCCGCGAGAAUACGUUUGUAAUACUAGCUAAUAUCGGGGGCCAGCUUGAUUUCUCAUUAUAUCCUGAGGCCAUCACAUAUCCACUGUUAACAGGUCUGCUCCACUGGCUAGUGUGUCCCUCGUCUGUGGCCACUGACCCACUCCCUGAUAGUGCCAUGGUCUAUUCACUCUCUCCUCAGAGACUUGUCGUUGAGGCUCUCGCUAAAAUAUCGAUCUCGGAAGCAAACGUCGACUUCAUACUGGCCACCCCUCCUCUAACACGCCUUGAUUUAGUGUACUCUACGCUACUCCAGUUUGUAGGUCAAAAGAAGUACCCUGCCGUUCGUCAGUUUGCACUGGUACUUCUCUCUGAUUUGGCACAAGGUAGUGAAGGGGCUAGUCGUAUGAUAGGCCAGCAGAAGAUGACCCUCCCUUUGCUGUUGGAGUGUUUGGAGUCGUCUCUUAAUAUUUCUAAGACGCGUUACAUGUCAGCUCAAUAUGCUGAUGAUGCUAGUGCCCUCUCACUGGCCAUGUUACGUCGUGCUGCCGUCACUCUUCACUGUAUUGCUAAGGUUCCAGUGAACAGGAUCUCUUUCCUUCCUUAUUGUAAUCGUGUGCUGACACUUGGUAUGUCUGACGCUUUAGAUCCUUCUUUAUCUAGUAUCCUCAGCGACGUUCUUUACGAAUUAACACGACUAUUAUAGUAUCUUCUCUCUUUCUUUAUACACUAAUACACUCUCCUCUUUUUUUCUUUUUCUUUCUUUCUUUUUCUUUAUUCACUGAUUCAUCCUUUCUCUUUAUUUAUCUUCUUUCUUUCUCUCUCUCUUUCUCUUGUUUUUUUGUGUGUGCAUGCUUUACCCAACAUGAUAAGUAUUGAACAGUAAUUUGUGUUCUUCAAUCAUUUUUGAGACGUCUAACUUAAUAAUUUUUUCAUUAUGCUCAUCAUUCAUUUUUUGUACAAUAAUAAGUUUCUCCUUAAAAAUUAA